ACCAUGACUUGUACAGGAUAAGUUGACGACCCGUUCCCGGUUGAAGACAGUCUGUUUGCGGAGACAUUUUCUCAGGACACCGUGUACACUUUGUCCGGCCAGCAGCUGAACAUCAGACAGGUGUUCGGGGCCAGCCUCGGCGUGGCUUCCCGGGUCUGGGAAUCGGCGUUACACCUGUGGUACUUGGAGGAGCAGUCUGUGGAGUUGAGAGGGCAGCGCAUCUUAGAGCUGGGAGCAGGGACCGGGGUGGUCUUCCUGGCAGCACGCCUCGGUGCAGUGUUGACCCUCACAGACCUUCCUACGGUUCUCCCACAGCUUCAGGCCAACGUCUCUGCAAAUGUCCUUCCUCUGUCCUGGGGUGAGGACCACAUGGACUUCUCUUCUGACUGGGAUCUUGUGCUCUGUGCAGAUAUUAUGUACCUCCCAGAGACCUUCCCCCUGCUAAGGACACUAGCUCAUCUGUACAAGAACGGAGCCGUGGCAUAUCUCUCGUCCAAAAUGCGAGAAGAGCAUGAGACUCCAGGUUUCUUUGAAGAAUAUCUCCCAAGAAUAUUUAAUGUGGAGCUUGUGCAGCAUGAUGACAAUCAAAACAUUAACAUCUACAGGGCAUCUCUGAAGAAAGACCAGUGACAGCAGGGACCACCUGCAAGACUUGGCUGUGUUACUGUAAUCAACAUUUGUGCCUUUAGCAAAAAUGUAUUUUUAAAGAAGUGUUAUACAAAAUGAACAUCUAUCAUCUUGGAUUAUCUAAUGUCAGUCUUCAACCCAAAAUAGGUAGAACGCAUUUAAAGCAAAUGUUACUUUAAGCUGCAACUUGUCACAACUACAACUUGUUACAAUGAUCUGGAUAUACAAUCUGUAGCAACUUGUUUUUACCGUGACGGAAUCCACUUCAGGCUCAUAAUCACCUGUCAGGUUUUUCUUAUGAGUUUAUAUUUUUUCAUUAUAACUUUAUGUCGUCAUUAUCAUGCACAAUGUAUUUUAUUGUAACUCACAAAAAAGUAUGUGAAUUAUCUUGAUUUAC